AUGCCCACAACCAUUCCAACUGCCAUUCCAGAGCAACCACAUCUCAUUUAUCUCGUUCUGCAGUCCAAGAAAGCUCUGCAGCACGGCGAACAGCUCUGUUCUCGCGCACAUGCACGUUCCAACGCGUCAGCGCAGGCUGCCAUCGACGUUCUCGCCCUCGACGCCAAGGUGCGCUGGAUAACCGAGGCUGUCAUUGAGCAGCUCAGGUUAGCAGCUAGCGUUGCUAAAAGCAUCGAGGAGAAACGCGUCCACUUGGGCAAGCAAGUUCAAGCUUGGGACACAUCUCGUACGAAACAUACAGACGCGUUGGAUGCUAUACUUGAGUCUCUUGGUACUCAGCUUGUGCCCCCAGAGUUCCACCAAUCUCCUGAAGACUCUUCUCUCUUCGGCAGUCAACACUCAGACCUUGAGGCCGAAGCCAGUCAUAAGCAGGAACGAACUCCGCGGAAGAGGGCCAAUGGCCAACUAGUUUUUCCUCAGUCACCCUCGGCAACUUUGUGUCGUCACCAGCGAAGUGGGUCACUAAAGGAAGACAAGAGUAAGGGUGACGGGGAAAUCGAUAAAGGGAAGAAGGACGAUCGCAAGCGGUGGAAGACCUUACGCGAUUUCGUGGAUGACCAGGCAAUUGAAGAUAUUUAUGAAACAAUCGAGGAUGAUCGUAUGGCCUUAGAUGUCCUUCUCAGCAAGACGGAUGACUUUCCGGAAACUUUGUCACGCACCAUUGCGUCGAUUCACGAUUCUUUGCCAGAAUCUGACCCAGGGGCGCCAAUUUUAACACUUAUGCAAAAUACCCUUACGGCGCAGGAAGCCAACAUUGCUUCCAUGGCUGGACUACUCGAGAGUUUGGCAUCCCACUAUGACCAAAUGGCAGGAGCUCUGAAAGAGAGCGAGGCUGGGGAGGCCUUCAGCGAGGAAGACCUUCAGAAUAUGAAUAGGGACACGGAAGAGUUGCCAGCAAUCAUGUCUGAGUUGGAAGAGAACGCUAAGGCUAUUGAGGGACAUCACGAACACCUACUGGCAGCUCAGGAUACGUCACAAAAGGAACUGGAUCACUUGAAUACGGUCUUAGACGACCUCGAUCAACUGGGAGACAUCAUGGGCGAGAUUCUACAGAACCAGGAGAGUGUCGAGGCCAAAUGUGAAGAAGAAUUAAAUUCGCUUCAUCGACACUUACAAACCCUUAAUCAUUUGCACGAGCGCUAUGUGGCCUACCAGACCGCAUUCAGCAAGCUCAUUAUUGAGAUUUCACGUCGUAGAUCAUACCGGGAAGCUGCUGAGAACAUUGUGAGAGGGAUGAUGACACAAUUGCGGCAAAUGACGGAAGAGGAGGAUCAAGUGCGGAAUCACUUUAAUGCGGAGUAUGGUGCACAUCUCCCGGAGGACAUCUGCCUAUGUAUUGGCAAUCCCCCCACAAAGUGGGAGGUUGUGCCUUGGGAAGGUGACACCCUUGAGGUGUUACCGGAGAUCGAGCCUGACCUUCUCGUCGAGGCGCGGGAGAGAGUUGGGAUAACGGAGAAUGUAAUAGGAACGGAGAGCUUGUAG